CGUGACUAGUUUUAAUGUAGAACAAACAUCACAGCGAGGGAAAAAAAAACUCUUCCCUCACUCAGAGAUUCGCCACAAGACCACAACAUUUUUUAGUUGUUUCACUUACUACUGAGCAAACAUCACAGUUUUUUUUUUUGUUGCUAUUUUCCUUCGCAUCUUGUAGACAGCCCUUCCUUCAGUGUGCUACAGACAAUUAGUAGGUUCAUCCAGCAGAAAAACGGAAUCCUCGUUUUGUUCUGGUCACUCUCGGUUCAAUCUCCCAAAACGAUCCCGCCUUCAGUAGCAGCAAGCUUCCCAUCUUUCAAGCAAGGUGAAGAUUCAGCAGCGGGGAAAAAGGUUAGGUCUCCAGCGAUGGCGGCGGCGCUGGAGUGCUGGUCGGGGCGGCCGAGCACCGAUGAGGAGACGGUGGAGCACGUUCUCAUGAAGCCCCACGGGCGUUCAGAUGACUCCCUCCCGACCUGCGCCGAUUCUGCCCGCGCUGCCGGCGAGCCGACGCCGACGCCGACGCCGGCGCCCCCCAAGAAGUGGCAGCGGCUGGGCCGCAACUUUGCCGGCGCCAUCGCCGCGUUCAAGAACACGCUGAACCUGGAUGGCGGCGGCGGCGGCAGCGGCCUCCCCCGCGACCCAUCACCGCGAGCCGAGAAGCCGCCACCGCUCCUCCUCCGUGGCCUCGCGCAGCUCUACUCCCGCGGCGCCGCCAACCAGCAGCUGCCAGAAAAGCUCGUCGCUGACCUCCGCCGCCACUUCGACGCUCUCCCCAACAGCUACGCACAGGCAGGAUAUGACAUGAAAGAUGUCCUCCUGCAUGCCCGCCUUGCAGAGCAGGCGACAGGUGAGGAUCAGCCUGCAGUGAACAUUGAGGAAGUUCAUGGCAGAGGAAGUUGUGAAGAAGGCACUGUUUUCCAGCUAACAUUUGCUUGCACAGCCCCGCUCUCAUGGCAGUCAAUGUCAGGAUCACUAGACAGCCCUUCGUUCUGUUGCAAGAAGAUCCAGAUCUUUGAGAAGAGAGGGCUGACACUUGGCGUCGUCAUGAUACUUGUGCAGACUGGGAACGAGGCGCUCUUCAAGAACCAGGUUGAGUCCGCGCUGAAAUCGGUAGUAAAGAAGCAAAGAAAGAACAGUGGUGGUGUGAAGCUACCAUUUGGGCUCUGCGGUUGUCAAGAAGAAGGAUCAAGAAACUUCGAUGAGGAGUCGAUGUUUGAUCCAGAUGAUGGUCGGGUACUCGACAAUGAGCCGGCGCACAGACCACAGCUUCCCACUCCCCUACCACAGGCAUCAGUCUUCGUCUCAGUAGAUGAAUGGCAAACCAUUCGCUCCGGUGGCGAGGAGCUUGGUCGCUGGAUGCUGCGUUCCGAGGAGAUCGAGUUCGUUGAUUGGUUUGGCGCGAAUUCAUUCAGGGGUGUCUAUAAGGGAAAGAAGGUUUGGGUCAACAAACUGAGGGGCUGUGACAUGGGGAGUGCUUACGAUGUCGAGAUUCGUCAGGACUUGCUGCAGUUGAUGAGCUGUGGCCAAAGGAACAUCCUACAGCUCCAUGGCGUUUGUUUCAGUGAGAACCAUGGGCUAUGCAUAGUAACGAGGAUGAUGGAAGGAGGAUCGGUUCAUGAUAUUCUUGUGCAGAGAAACAAGAGGCUGUCCCUCCGAGACACGGUUAGGAUCGCUCUCGAUGUCGCUGACGCAAUGGCCUUCAUGAACGGCUAUGGCAUCGCGUACCGUGAUCUCAAUGCUCGGAAGAUCCUGCUGGACAGGCAAGGGAAUGCUUGCCUUGGGGAUAUGGGCAUUGUUACCCCUUGUAGUAAUGUUGGUGAGGUCACCGAGUACGAGACAUCUGGGUACCGAUGGCUGGCUCCAGAGAUCAUUGCUGGAGAUCCUGAAACCGUCUCCGAGACCUGGAUGAGCAACGUCUACAGCUACGGAAUGGUGCUCUGGGAGAUGAUCACCGGAGAGGAGGCCUACUCCACCUACUCGCCAGUGCAAGCAGCUGUCGGGAUCGCUGCCUGCGGGCUGAGGCCGGAGAUCCCCAGAGACUGUCCUCCUUUCCUGAGGUCACUAAUGAACAGGUGCUGGGACAGUUCCCCUUUGAAGCGCCCUCAGUUCUCUGAGAUCACAUCCAUCCUACAGAGGCAGAAUGUUAGAUAGUUCUUUUUUGCCCCCCUCCCUCUCUUCCUUUUCCUUCUAUAUCAUAUGCUAUAUAUCAGUUUGGCUUGGGUGUCUGCCUAAUCAUGCAGGAAACUGCAUCUGAGAAAGUAUAAUAUAUAUGCGCAGAGGCUUGUUAUUU